UUAGGAGUCAUUAACAGAUCUGUGACAGGAGUUGUGCCUAUUUGGGGAUUUUUCUGGAAGGGCAGAUAUCCAUCGCAGGCCAAUGGGUGCUUCUUUCACCAUCUGCUGCCGUCGCUACUACCUGAAACACAACAGGGACGAGAAGAAAGCUAUUUUGCGAAUGCGAACCACCACAGCCUCCAGACCACCUGAGCAGCCGUCAAGCAGCUCCAGCAGCAGUGACACAGAAGAGGAAAGCCUUUUUGGACCGCCGCCUUCAGGAACGAGCCCGUGGGAGAAUCAGGGAAUCCAGAGGAGCAGCGCAGACCAGUGGGCCACAUCCGACAGACUGGAUGACUCUCUCAUCCAGCGAGGAUCGGACAGACAGUUAGAGGCUUUUAUCAGCAUGAGAGACCAGGCUGAUAAGGCUACAGAGGAAUGGGAGAAGCUGAACUAUGACAUACACACCCUGCGCUACGCCAGGCGAGAAGUCAGGUCUCGGUGGAAGAAAAUCCUGCUGCAGCUCGGUUACCAGUGUGAGGUGGACGCCUUGCUGAGUGUGAACAGACAGAGCCUGUUCAGCCGAGAUCGAGAACAUCUCGACAGGGCGACCGGACUGUUGAAACAGCUGCUGGACCACACCUCUCUGUUCCCCCCCGGAACAGGGUUUCACAACAGAUACCUCUUUGUAAUGGACCGCCUGGUGUCCCUGGACAGCGCCGAGGACUUUGUCAGACUGGCCAGAGAAAAAUACCCCAAGAGAGACGGCUGAGAGGCAGUAACGGAGAGAAAAGAAGGCAAAGAACAUGUUUAAAAUGUGGACCAGCUUUGUACAAAUGAACUCUGCACACAGUCACAUUACAACAUCCCAGCAUUCACAUGACUGCAGCCAGUCAGUGUUCGUCCUUCUGACUAGAUCUCCAUAGACUCUAUAACACCGUAUGCAUGUUCUUCAUUUAUUCAUUAUCCUUUAAAAGUUGAACUCUCACUCUGACAGCAUUUCUGUUGCACUAGUAAACUGUUACUCAGCAGGAGGUGGUCCGUGUGCAGAAACAUCGGUUUAAACUAAGCAGCCGUCUGCAGGGCAUGGGUAAUAAAUACUGCACAUUACAUAUAAAUGUAGUUCCUAUCUUUAAAACAUUUGUUGCUCAUAUUGAUUAAUGUUUUCUGGGUUAUUUCCUGCUCGUGUUGUAACUAUUAAAUAUAUCUCCUGAUUA